AACUGCCUUGCGUCCAUGACAACCCCGGGCGAUCCGUCAGCAACUGGACCUGACAGACCGUGCGGGAUCACCGCACUGCUCCCGAUCGGCAUGUCGUGCCGGGGCCGUGCCGAGGCCUUCGCUCGGAGUUUGCAGUCGCGCUUGCGAAAUCUUGGCUCACAGGGUAGCGGCGGUGACGAUGAAGAAGACGAUGGACUUACGGCGACGGAACAGCAGCAGCAGCAUUCGGAAAACACCUGGCUUGCGGCGAAUACGGACGAGCAGACGGUUGUAACGAGCCUGCAACCGCUACGGAUGGUCGCAAACGAGGCGGAUUCAUUUUUCGACUUCGGCCUGGAAGUGGAAAGUCCCAGCUCACCGGCGGAGGAAUGCGAGUACACGCGACUCAUCGAAACGGCCACGGCAACACCGACGGGCGUUCCGACCACGUCCACGGUAGAACCGGUAGAUCCAGCAACACAAGCACCCGAAUCGGGCUACGUCUGUUCGUCUCCCUGCUCCACACCCCAGGGUUCUGCCGCCAGCAGUAACAGCAGCUCGACCGACUGUCAAUUCUACGACCCGGACAGCUCCGAUCCGGAACAGCGUUCGGUCAGUGGUGGUGAAUAUUUCGAUUGCACGAUAGCACCCCCCGGGCCGGCCUUCCCAGCGAUUCCUUACCAUCGAUCGGUGGGCACGGGUCGACGCUACGACUCACCCUCAGCCUCACAGACAGUGACCGAUUCAUCUGGCCAUCACACGGUGAUCGCGGAUAGAGAACGAAUUGAACCAUUAGCAGCUACCUCACCGAACAAUCCGUUCAGCACAGCCGUUACUAGCCACAGCACGGCAAACGGACACAUACCGGGGUACACGGCAGCGAGCGCGUUGGAUAGCGACAGCUGCUCGGAAUCGCUGCCACCAUCUCAGUCGACGGAAUCGAACCACUCCACCUUCACGGGCAUGAGCUCGAACUCGAACAGCACAUUGCAAGACGUCACGAUGGAACCGCUGGAGGAGGAAGAACAACAGACCGCCGUCGGUGCGACGGUGAUGGACGUUCCGGACGGUGCAACGUACCAUACGCCGCAACGGAUCGGAAAUGGGCACGCCAUUAUGCCCAUCAUCAAUGCCGACACAGAAAUUGAACUGAUCAUCCAUUCGGAUGGAUUGAAGUACGAAGAGGAUGACGGUGAACCGCACGGUGACGAUACGCGUCCACCGUGUGCGGUCAUUCAGAUUGAGGAAGUGGAGAAGAUCCUUAAGGAUUGCACCAUGACGCAGACGGCGGAGUGUGUGGCUAAUCUAAAUGAUCACGGUAGGGAGAAUGCCCUCGAUGUCGAUGAGGACGGUAGGAAGAACGAUCGGAAGUCGGCCAUGUCGUCGGGUGACGAGGACGAAGAGGAGAGCAAACCACAGCGCAUACGGCGGUGUUCAUCGUUGAAGACAGGCAAGACGCCCCCGGGUACGCCAGGUCGCAAAAAGAUCGUCCGCUUCGCCGAUGUACUCGGGCUCGAUCUGACCGACGUGCGGACAUUUAUGGACGAGGUUCCGAAGGUACCGCAGUCGGCGUUCGAGGACCUAACGAUCGUACAGGCUACCGAACCACCGAUGCCAGAAUUGAGCCUCGGUCCGAAGGUCGACCGUGUGCUGGUACCACUGUUCCAGCAACCGGGUGCCCUACCGUGCUUCCUCGAUCGUGUGCGCGAGAAGCAGGUCAAUCUGGAGAACGCGGCCGUCACCGAUCCGGUCUCGCUUACCAUCACCGGUACGGUGCGUGUGCGCAACCUUGACUUCCACAAGUCCGUCUACGUGCGCUACACGCUCGACAACUGGCGCAGCUACUCGGACCUGCAAGCGGUCUACGCGGAGAACUCGUGCGACGGGUUUUCGGACAAGUUCAGCUUCACACUGUACGGCAACUCGGUGCAGGUUGGCCAGCGUAUCGAGAUGGCGGUACGGUUUCACUGCCGAGGCGAACAGUUCUGGGACAACAACUACGACACCAACUACGUCUUCCAGUGCUUACCGAUCACGCAGCCGACACCGAUGAUCUCGAGGCCGGUUUCAGUGCCGUCCGUCAACCCGCUCACCCCGGAAGCGUCCUGGUCUAGUAGCUUCUACUAGGUGCCUCAAUCGGGAAACCCAUUCUCGGGCCCCUCAAAUACUUUGUUGUGUGUUUAUUAUAUCAUAUUUUAUUUUAUUGUUUGGUACAUUUUCUUUACUAAUCAAAGAACCCAAACCAAAUUAAAGCAAUCCGUAACAGCUACCUUCUAAUCUCCAAGCGAAAGAUAGAUGAUGAUUAGCCGUCGUCUUGGGGUCGUGUAGAGUAGCAAUAGUGGUAGUAUUAUUGGAAAUUGCUAAUUCGUACCCAUCAACAACCGUUGAAUGGCGAUGUCGAGAUGGUUAUUUAUAAAAGUACCCAAUGUUGGUGAUCCAAACUGCAUAACGAAAGUGAAACAUGAACAAACAAACGAAGGCAAAACAAACAAAAUCAACAAAAAAGAAAAACACAUCUUCAAGGAGCAAAUCCUAAAUAGGGCAAUUAAAAAAACCAACCUCCCCACGAAAACCAUAACUCGAACAAAGUCAAGUACUGAUUUUACGCGAAAUUACGGUAAACCUCGAGCGAACGCUAGUGAAGUGAAUAAUGAACGGAAAAAAUACACACAAUAUGCGAACUGUUGGAUACAAGCUUUAGUAGAAUAGAGACAAAUGUAGCGAUUAGGAGAGAAAACAAAUGGAACUGAAGGAGGGAAGCCGAAGGAAGAUUGUUAUGUUUGCAAAAGAUGUUUUAGACGGAAAAAGUAAAUAAUGUAGAAUAUGCGUGGUGGCCGAAAUGUUGUGUAUAAAUAACGAAGAAAAUCAAGCGUCGAUAGGAAGAAAUGGAAAAAUGAACAUUAAUGGAGAAAACUAAUUUAAACCAAAUAUCCUAAAUCAAGCUGCAGUCUUAGGCAAGGAAGCCACGAAAAGUUUAAAAGUAGUGUAGAAAAGUGAAAGAAAGCUGAAUAAUAAGAACGAUCGGACACCUUGUCGUGAUGGGGAAACAUAAACGACGUUAUAAUAAACAUUGUGUCUUAUGAUGUGAAAUCAGAGCAUUGUAACAAAACUAUAAAUCCCGUUAGAAUGUAAUAUCAUCCCAAAGUCUAGUAAUGGUAGGCAUAGCAAUAUUGAAAUCAUAAUUAUUUUACUGCAAACUCUGGCCCCGAUCGGAAAAUGAUCGGGAAGUAUAGGAAUUCAAAAACAAAUAGCACGAUACAUGACAUCAAGCACGAUGAUAACACACCACACCAGGCGCUGUUGGGGAAAGUCUGUACCGACUAUUCUGUAAAGAGGCCAGUUUUACUCAGUUUAGAGUUGAAUAAAGAGAUUAUUAUUUAAUACUA